UAUAAAUUCGAUUGUGCGGUCCGAGCUCGGGACAGUAUAUUAUUAGUCUGUCGGAGUCAGUUGUCCGCCUGCCAGUACCUAUCUAUGUAUAGGUAUAACCCAAAAUCACAGAAAACCGCAAAACCCAGCGAAAUGGCAUCCCCCCGACGAAAUGCUACUAUCACCUUACUAACCACCCUGUACUGCCUAUGUUGCGUUUUCGAAACUGCCCGAUCCUCGUCCACCGCCGUCAAACUCCGUGAGUAUCACUCGUUCACCUUUCGUGUAUAUCUACCAACCUAUCUAUUUACUUACUUAUUUUAGGCACUGCACUGAUCCUCGCUCACGUUUUGUUUGUUUUUUUUUGUUCUAGCCAAAGGAUUCGAAAAAUGCAAGAAAAACGAUCCCGAUGUUAACCUGUGCCUCCAGCGAACACUCCAGGCAGCCAUACCGCAUUUAGCCAAAGGUGAGUUUUUUUUAACAAACUGCUAAAAAUUAAAAGAAAAGAAUAAUAAUUAGAAAGUAGUAUCCAAUAUUAAUGAGUUUAUACCUAACAAAUAAACUAAACAUGUGUUUUAUUUUUUAUUUGUAUUAUAUAAAUACUUGAAUUAUUAUCUUUAAUCAUAAUAAAAACCUAUAUUUUAUCUUAAUUAAGAAAUCUAAAACGUCUUUUUAAACACGAAAGAACUCAAGAACGCUGAUGAAGUUUUGAGGUACUACACAAAAGGGAAAAAUAUUUCUAAAAAUUAAAGGAUAUUGUUUUUCCAUAGAAUAUCGAUUAUCAAUAAGUUUUUAUUGCAAUCAUUAUGAGGACGGAUUACAACAUUUAACUUAACUCUAUUUUUCGCGAUCUUCAGUGAGUUUCUAUAACUCACUGUAUACAAUCCUCACAUUUUUCUUCAGUUGAGAUAAAUAUUAUUUUUUGGUCACCUGAUGGUUUCCGUCCUUCAAUUGUACCUUCCAUUAUAGUGUGCCACAAUUCUUUAUCACGUCCUAGAACGUGUUCCAUCAUCGCCGCAUUAUGACAUCCAUUAAGGUUCUUGUUUUGUUCAACUUCAGUUAAUACAUUCCUCAUUUAUUAUUCAUUUUUCCCAUUUUCUAUUUUCGAUUCAUCUCCAACAUCAUAUUUCUAAAGCUUCAAGGGAUCUUUUUUCCACUUCAUUAAUAACCCAGUCUCGCAAAAAUCCAUACGAACGUUCUUAUAAUUUUUAUUUAAAACGUUCAUCUUAUUUUUUUUAUCCCUCUAUUAAUUUUUUUGUGAUCAAACUCCUUUUAUGAAAUUUACCUUAGCUUAUCCAGUUUUUUUAAUUUCAUAUUUACUCCUGUCUGCUUGUAUUAGACUAUCCAAGUAUUUAAAAUUGGUAACUUACAUUAAAAGUUAGUUUCUUAAUAUAUGUUUGCAUUGAUUGUGGAUACUCGGGUAUACUAUAGCGUAUUUUCAAAUUUUUUGUAGAGGGUUUACAAUUUUUCUAAAAAAUAAGUGAUUUUAUAACAUUAUAAAAAAUACAUAAAAUAUAUGAAUUACGUAAUAAUUAUAUUAUUCUAUUAUUAAUAAAAAAAUAUUAAGAGUUAUUUAUAAUAAAAAAGGUAAACGUUUUUGUAUUUUUUUUGCCAGUUUAUCAAUAAUUUCUUCAGGUGUUAUUAAGAAGUUUUUAUUUAUUGAUGAAAUCGCUAAACCGUUCAACCUUCCCUUUACGAAUCUGUGUUCAAAAAGGGGGGAUUACAUUUGAAAAACAAAAGUAUAUUAUUAUUUAAGGUACAUGAAGCAAGGAUAAAAAUUAAAAAUGGUUUUAAAAUAAAACUUAAACAAUUCUACAAAGGUUAAAAAAAUAUAAAUCAAAUUGAUCUUCCGAAAUAAUGACUGGUUCAAUGAUAAAAAAAAAUCACCCAGUAUAAAUUAAUAUUCUCUUUCUCUUUACCUUCGUAUAGUAAGUCAUUUAUGACUUUUAAACCUUUUUUCUUCUGAGGGGGGAGGGUGGUUGAGAUCCGAAAUCCUCCCCAAAAAUAUUCCACUAUGGGCACAAGUCAAUAAUUUUUAUUUACUUGAAUUUAUAUGCAUACUUUAUUCAUUUAUGUCCAUUUACAUCUCCACUUAGAAGUAUAAGGUUAGGUUACAUCUCUUUGAAGUUCAAGUUCUGUUUCUGUUAUAAGUAGUAAGUAUGAUAUUAUCUGCAAAACGAACCAUUUAAAACGAAAUACCAUCCACUUUGACUCCAAAACCAAUUUCGUUAAGUUUCUCUUUGGCUAAGUUCAUACAUUUGUCUAUGUAUCAUUUGAAUAAUAAUGGUAAGAGAGAGCGCUCUUGCCUUAUGCCUCUCCAAAUUUUAACAUUAACUGAUUCAUAAUUUUAUUAUAAUUUCUGUGUUUUGAUUUUUGUGAAGAUUAAAUAAUCUAUAUUUUAUCGAAAUAAAAUUGAUUUAUAUCACCUAUAUCUAUAGUUUUGCACAAUAUUGAAAUUUUAUAUGAAACGAUGCACACACAAACUAUACAGGUGCACUGUAAAUGCAUUAAUAGUACCUAUCUAAAUAUUAAAGCAUACUAAUUUCAAAUGACUCGUGACUCUAUAUAAUAUUAUACAUUUCUGAUGGUUAGGUCUAUUCUUGAGUCUGAAACCCUAAAAAAUAUAAACAAAUGUAGUUAUAAACUUGAGAGAGUGCAGCAGAAAAGAUUUACAAUAACGGUAGUGAGAAACAAGAUAUAUGACGGGCAGUCUUCUGAAGCCUAACCUAUAACCUAUCCAAACCGAAAUUGUAGUUUUUAUAGCCAAGUUACUUAGAGGACAAUUAAUUGACUGCCGUGAUUAACUAAUCCUAAUAAAAUUCAAAAACUCGACAUUUAAUCCAUAGUUUAAUUUUCAAAGUUUCAAGUUUAAGGAACAAAACUAUUUUCUAUAUAAGUACCACUAGAUUAAACUACGUCUGAAAUAGUCCGAACUUCCGGGAUAUUUUAGUGAAUGUAAUACUGAUAAAUUAUAAACGAUUUCGAAAUUCUUGUUGAUUGAUUACAAAAAUCUUGUUUUUAUAUACAAAAAAAAACUUAAUUGUAACAAUAAGUUUACACACAAAAUGUGUAUACCGUUAAAAUCACCCGACUAACAGCUACUAAGGAUAACCAAAUUAUUUUUUUAUUUUUUUUUCGGGUAAUAACGGUAAUUGAGAUAUAACGAUAACAUUUUCCUUAAAAUUUUGAUUUCAAUAAUUAAUGUGCGAAAUUUUGUUUACUGCAUUCUGGAAUACCUAGAACCUCUAUAUAUAAAAUUGACGCGUGCGUUAAGUGUCUACUACAUAAUGUGAUAGGUACAUAACUAUAAAGAUCAUAAAUUGCUAACUAUCAUAAUAUUAUGCUACUUGACAGGGCUGUAAAUAGGGAGUGAUUAGGGGACUAACUACCUCCCAAAGGUAGAAAUUUAGACAACUGAAUGAGUAAUUCAAUGAUAGUCUAGAUAACAGUGGAUAAAAUUAAUAACUUACCGUUAUAAUUCCCACAAAAAUAGCGAACCAGGGCGUCUUCAGUCCUCGCCACUAACAAUUAAAGAAAUUGAAUAUAUUUAUAAAUUAUUAUACAUAACUAUGAUAAAACCAUCCAUAAUUUUAAAAAAACACCCAUGUACCACCACUAUCAAAAUCUAAAAUAAUAGGUAUAAAUGCUUGAUUUUUAAUUUACAUUCUAACUAUAGUAUUAUAAUAUAUUGCACUAGUAUAUUAAUAAAAUUAAACAUCGGUAAACACUGGACGCUGUUUUUAAUGAGAUUGAUUAAAAAUGUAAGAUUUGUUAUGUCAACAUAAAUGUUCUGUAUUUUUAGAUUUUGAGCGUAGCGAAGAUUGUAUUGGUUUUACAAUGUACGAUUUUUUCUAACUAUUGACAAUUUUUAUACCUGAAAUAUUCCUCUAAAUAUAGAAUAUUUUCUAAAAGCAAACUGUAUUUAGUUGGUUCAUUAAUUAUUAAGAAGGUCAUUUUUUGAUUUUCUUAAUAAAGAAAAACCAGGAAAAUAUUGUUGAAAAAACUUUCAAAUUUACAAUAACGUGAUGGCGGUUUCGUCGAUUUCAUCGAUCGGUUUUCGAUUUUAACUGGAAAAAGUUAAAAUUAUUUUGUUGUUAUCUCUGCAAUUGGGAUUCUUUUAAACCAUCAUAACACGAUAAAAAUAACAGAUACCUCCACAUACAAUACAAAAUUAAUAUUGUACAACGACUAUAUUAUACCGUUAUUUUCAAUCGAGAAAAAAAUGGAUAAAGUUUUCGAAAUAUUCGUAAUUUUCAAUAUAACACACGUAGAAGUAGUAUUAAUCAAAAUGGCUAACAGCGAAUGAUAAAAUGUAAAUGUAUUGGUGAUCAUUUGGAGUGAGUAAACAAAAUAAAGUUGUAGAUACUUGUUUCAAAACGAUACUAGUUGAUCGAUCUUUAUCAAAGCGAUGUCCUUUUAUUUCAAACAAUACGUAUAUUUAGAUGGUAUAGCGGUCCAUGUUGAAAUAAUUGUAACAUUUUAAAUAUACCGAAUAAUGACGAUACGGAUUAAAUUGUUUUCCGACAAUAAUAAUUAUCAAAAUAAUAUAAAUAUUACGCUGUGAAUAAUAACAAUAAUAAAACCGUUAUUAAACGUAACGAUAAUAUUAUUCAUAAACACGCGUCGUGACCUAUAUAUUUCAGUAAAAAACAAUAUUUUCAUAAUCAAUUUAUGAAAAAAACAAAAAAAAAUACAGUUAACGAUAAUUCGAUUGUUAUCGUUAAACUUUUUAAUCCGCAAAGCUAUCUGCAUAAACAAUGCAAUUGAACGUGUUUGCCGUUGUUGUUGGUAUAAAGUCCCUAUGCGUGCGCUAAGUGCGUCCUUAGGAAAAUUACCUUGCGGCACUGCAAGAAUAUAAUAUCGUUAUAUCCGUUCGGCAUAAUAAUAUCGCUAAGAAAAUUUCAAUUGCCGACGAAAUUGCUGUAGUCGUACCGAAUUAUAUAUUGGAUGGCGUUCAAUAAAAUGCCGUGUUUAAACGUAUAAUAAUCCUGCUGAAAUUCGAAGGUAAACCGCGAUAUAGUUUUGAUAAGCCGGAAUCGAGUAUCGAAACUCGGUUCAAUCGGGACAUCCAUACGUGCACGUAAUGUUUAAGUUUUUAUUAUCCGUCGAGAUUUUCAUCCGCGCACACGCGUCCUACACCGAUUAGGCUUCCCGUAUACCUAAUGAGCGUAAUCAAUGCGUAAUGAUAAUUUCCAUAGCCUUGAACACCGGAAGAGGUACCCGUAAGAACAGGUACUGCCGAUCUAUACGUGAUCGCAUUAGCAUCAAACGACGUCGGCCGUUUUAGUUCGGUUUGUAGGCACGGUGCGCUGUAGGUGUAUAACCGUGUAUGCACGGUGUGGUGGGUGGCAAGUACACAAUAGGAUAACCCGCACGGGUACGGGUAACGCGGACGGAAUAACAUUAGGCAUUUAUAGGUACCACAAGAGUUCGACGCGUCCGCUCUCGGCUGAAUACGCCGCGGCCGAUAUUAUUUUUAAUGAGUUUAUCGCGAGAUUGAAAUUCUCCGCGUGACACUAGUGUACAAACCAUACAGGUAUGCCUAACCAGCCUGCGUGUACUGUAUCAUAAUAGCGAACUGUGACGGUAAUAACACGCUCAAUAUUGAACUUGACCGUGAAAAAUAAAAAAAAAUUGCCGGCGGUGGUAGUACCACGCGAGCGUAAUAUUAUAGGUAAUCGUUAUUGUUAUUAUUAUUAUUCGAGUGUGCAACUACCGUAACACGUGCAUAAAUAUUUUAAAUUAAUGUAAUUUUAAACGGUUUAUAGAUGUCGUUUCGUGUUUUUUUUUUUUUUUCUUUUUUUAAUUCGUCCACGCCGGUCGUCUAUUACAACUAUAAUAUUAUGUAGAUACCUGUUAAAACGCACGGAAUUCUUCCGCCAGAUCUACGAACACAAAAUCGAUUGAAAACGAACACAUAGGUUAUUGGUAUUUGGUAAACUCGACAAUCGUCACGAAAUUAUAAUCGGAUACCUCCCAAAACGCGUAAAUCGACACGUACGCUAAUAACAUAAUUAAACUGUAUUUAAUAAACGAGAAUGACGUUAGUUUCGCACGAAUUUUGUUUCUGAUUAACAUUUUUUUUUUAUAGCGAUAAACUCUAUGCAAUUUUUUUUUUUUUAGAAUUGUGAGAAAGCAAAAUAAAAAGGCGGACAAAGAAUUAACGCAGUACCUUGUUUAUAAAAAAAAAAAAGGAUGCCAAAAUAGUCAAAGAGGAUAUUUAACGGGGAAAAUUUGGUGAACCGAUUAAUAUUAUUUAGUGUUGGCAAUAAAUAAAAUUUAAAUUAUCGUAAAUUCAAAAAAUUGUAGAAAAUUAACAAAUUAUCAUUAGUAAACAUUUGUAACACCAACGUUUUAUUUCAAAAUAAAUUUACAAAAUUACCACCUUUUUAGGAUUUUGUAGACAAACCCAAUUUAUUUUUAUUUUUGAAAAGAAUAUGAAGUAUACGGAUCUUAGUGGAAGGUUCUAUAGUAAUAAUUACAAUAAAAAAGAAAAUCUUAAACAUAUUCAACGGAACAAAUAUUAUUGCAUUUGUCAGGUCUUCGUGGUUCAUUCUGUAUAUCUCAUUUUACACGUUGAACCCACAAAUUGCAAUAAUUUUACCAUUCUAUCACGAGCUAAACAAUAACAAUAGACAAAUAUAUCUACUUAGGCCAAAUAUAAUAGAGAAUUUAACUCUUUAUCGUAAUUUGGAGUUAUCUAAUGUCGAGUAUAGAUCGACUCGUUCCGUUUUUCACAUGCAAUCACGAUUAAUUAAAACAUUAUUAUAAUAAUAUGUUCUACUUUAUUUUCUAGGCGUACCAAACUUGGGACUAAUACCAAUCGAUCCUUUAAUAAUAUCGCAUUUGGAUAUAAAUCAAGGCUCGACUAAUGGGCCAGUGGCUAUCAAACUCAACUUCAGAGAUCUCCAUAUACAUAAUAUUAAAUCUCUUAAAAUAACAUCUAUGAAGUAAGUAUAACAGGAAUUGAAUGAAUAUACUUAAAACAAUUUUUUUUUUUCAAAUAAUGUUUGUUUUUCAUACCUAUGAUAAUAUAAUAAUAUGUUCAUUAAUCAUUUAUAUUACUACUAAUAAUAAUGGGUAAUGUAGUGGAAAAUGAUCGAAUUUUGUUUGGGGCAAAGAACUUUAUCGGCGGUUCUUUUGAGAUUUAGCCCGAACCGAAGUUUUAAACCACUUAUACAAGUUGUGAUAAAACGUGAUAUUUAUUUCAAUACUUCAAUAAAGUUUCGAUAUAUGUAUAUAUAAAACAUUAUAAUAUUAUUAUAAGACAAUCAGACGAGUAAAUUUCAAAGCUAUCGUAUAGAUAAAGUAUUCUCGGCGGACUGGGAUUUAUUCUCCCCCUCUCUCGUCAAACUUGGUUAAGUUUCAAUUUCCCAAUUAAAUAGGUUAAACAAGUAUAGUUGUAAAAAUAGGGAAAAGCCAAACCAUUCAGGUUAAAAAAUAUAAUAUUGUCUUCGCACUAUUUUGCUUAACCGAUAUUUUUUUCUUUUUUUUUUUUUCAUCAAUAAUUAUAAAAAAAAACCUACCAAUAUCGACAAAUUUUAAUGUGAUUUGUGAUGAAUUUACAGAUCUAAUAUUGAUAACUAUACGUUCAAUCUCAAAGGCGAUUUCGACGAAUCAUUCGUACUCGAAGGCAUGUACAACAUACAAGGGAAAAUUAUCAUUCUACCAAUUAAUGGUGACGGGAAAAGUAAUUUGACCCUAGGUAAAGUCGUAAUUUCGUAACUAUUUCAAUAAUGACCGUGAUUAUAUUAUAACAACCAGUUGAAUUAAAAAUUUUAGCCGGAUUAAAAGUGUCAAUCGACAUAAACGGAAAACCGGUAACCAGGAAAAACGAAGAGUACAUGGAACUGGAAACUUUGGACUUGAAAUUCAGUACUUCAAGACUGUACAUACAGCUGGACAAUCUGUUCAAUGGAGACAAAGCGUUAGGUUAGUUUUUGCAUCAUAAUAUUAAAUUAGAAACAAGCUGAUUAUAUUAUUAUUAUACCGUUCGUCUUAGAAACAACUGUGUUAUGAUUAAUAUAGGAAACAACAUGAACAUGUUUUUGAAUCAAAAUUGGAGAGAAAUUUUGAAAGAACUUCAGCCUGCGUUCGAGUCUGCUUUGAGCAUGGCGUUUCAGUCGAUCGCCCGUCAGUUUUUCCACAGAGUGCCGUUUAACAAAAUAUUCGACUAAACUAGACAACUAUAAGAUAAGACAUCCCCUUUUGCCAGUUAUUUAUUUAUUGAUUUGUUUUAUUUAUUAGUACAUUUAUUUAAGUGAGACCCUGUAUAAUAGUAUAAUUCUUUGUGUGUGUGUGUGUGUGUGUGUGUGUGUGUGUGUGUGUGUAUGUAUAUAUACACAUACUUUAAUGUAUAGCUAUAAUUAUUAUUAUUAUUAUUAUUAGUUAAACAAUAAUGUCUCACUAUCUCAGUACAUAAGUUAUUAAUAUUAAAUUAUUCACGAUAUUAUAAUAAAAUAUAUAUUUAUAACAGAUUUGAUGUAAAUCGAAUAAUUUGUGCGAUAUAUUUUAUUUGGUGAAAAACACUCAACACCCCAGGAAUAUAAUUAGGUAAACCAAUAUUAAAAAAAUCACGAUUCAGCGCGAAAAAAAUUUACAUGUUUUUAAAUGCCGUAAUUUUUAUGAUUUUCGUUAAACAUUUUAACUUUAAAAAGCUUAUAUAAAAACUACUAUUCAUU